GGAGUGGCCGCCUCCCGUGAGCGCCGGCGACAGCUGCAAGGCUGGCUGACCUUGCUCCGCCGUCGGAUCCCCGCAUCUCCGCCAUGGCGACCAGGCUGCUGCUCCUCCGGCUCUUCCCGCGAGCUGUGCGGGCCACGGCGCCCGCCUCCAUCCGAGCCAUGAGCGCCGGGGGUGCGUACAGGCCGACGAGGGGCGGCGGCGGGGCUGAGCGCGUUCUGCUGGGCUUGCGAGAGCGCGCUCCGGGGGAGCGAGGGGCUGCUUUUGCCUGGCGCUCGCAGACCUCGGCAAGGUGACCUCAACUCAAACCAAAGCGCGGCACCCCCCGCCCCGUCCAGGAGGCGCCUCCUCGGGGUUAUGAGGUCGGGCUGGGCGCUCGAGGGCCCGUCCCCCCGGGCGCUCCUGCCUGCUUUUCCGCCAAGAAACCAAAGCCCACCCCCCGGACGUGUGGCAGGCGAGAGCCGCCCCUGGCCCAAGGCCCCCUUGCGUCCCUCUUCUUGGAGGGAAUCACGUGCCCUGUGGGGAAGACACGUGGAACAGCCCCCCAUAGAUGGCCUUUGAAGUGAGGCAGGCAAUGGUCUGUUUGCAGAGCUGCACGUGAGAUUUGGGGGGAGGGAGUCACCAUUGGCGACCAGCGGGCUAAUGAUUAAUAAUUAUGAUCUAAACUUGACAAUUGCCCAAAGCAAAAGGGUUGUUUGUUUGUUUUCUGCUGAGGCUCUGUUGUAACUCUCGUUUGACCUGUGGGUGGAAGCCAAAGGUUACGAAAUGGCCCCUUCUCACCACAGUUCUGCCACCCAGCCCCCUUCCUUGGUUAACUCUGCUGGUGUCUAGGGGAUAUGGAGUAAUUUAGGAGUAUGCUUUCCUACCACCCCACUUAGGUAAAGGGACCCCUGACCGUUAGGUCCAGUCGUGGCCGACUCUGGGGUUGCGGCGCUCAUCUCGCUUUACUGGCCGAGGGAGCCGGCGUACAGCUUCCGGGUCAUGUGGCCAGCAUGACUAAGCUGCUUCUGGCAAACCAGAGCAGCACAUGGAAAUGGCGUUUACCUUCCCGCCGGAGCGGUACCUAUUUAUCUACUUGCACUUCAUGCUUUCGAACUGCUAGGUUAGCAGGAGCAGGGACUGAGCAACGAGAGCUCACCCCGUCGGAGGGAUUCGAAUUUUCAACCUUCUGGUUGGCAAGUCCUAUGCUCUGUGGUUUAACCCACAGCACCACCCGUGUCCCACCACCCCACUUACCAAAUUGCAAACAUCAUGUCCCUGAACAGAGCCUGAAGGCAAUAGCCCAGUAACUGGGAUUCAAUGGAAUACUUUCUCUGAUGUAACUAGUGAUGGAAAUAUGCUCCCUUUUCUGCACUGUUUCUACCUCUACAACAUCCUUUUUGAGCUACAGCUAAAGCUGUACACAACAUUCUAAAUGUGGCAACACCAUAGAUCACAGAAUCAAAAUUAUAGAGUUCGAAGGGACAACGUAGUCCAACCUGCUGCAAUGCAGCAAACCUUUGCCCAAGGUGGGGCUCAAACCAACAACCCUGAGAUUAAGAAUUGCGUUCUCUACCGACUAAGCUAUAAUGUAUUGUGUAAGGACAUUGUGGUACUCUCAGUUUUCAUUUCAGUCCAUUUCUUUAUCAUCUGAAGCUGUCUUAUUCACUGCAACGUACUGAUAAUUUCAUUGAGCUCUCUGCCAUGACCCCCAGGUUCCUAAUUAGACCCUGCUACAGUGGUGCCUCGCAAGAUGAAAAGAAUCCGUUCCGCGAGUCUCUUUGUCUUGCGGGUUUUUUCGUCUUGCGAAGCAAGCCCAUUAGAGGUUUAGCGGCUUAGCGCUACAGUAUUAGCGGCUUAGCCGGCUUAAAGAUCAGCUGAUAAGCGGCUUAACGAUCAGCUGAUAAGCGGCUUAGCAUCAGCUGUUAAGCCAGCUGAUAAGCGGCUUAGCAUCAGCUGUUAAGCGGCUUAAAGAUCAGCUGAUAAGCGGCUUAGCAUCAGCUUUUAAGCGGCUUAAAGAUCAGCUUAUAAGCGGCUUAGCAUCAGCUGUUAAGCGGCUUAAAGAUCAGCUGAUAAGCGGCUUAUCCAUCAGCUGAUAAGCGGUUUAGCGGCUUGGGAAAAAGGGGGAGGGGAAAAACCCCGCAGGAACUCGCAAGACAUUUUCGUCUUGCGAAGCAAGCACAUAGGAAAUUCGUUUUGCGAAGCACCUCCAAAACGGAAAACCCUUUCGUCUAGCGGGUUUUUCAUCUUGCGAGGCAUUCGUCUUGCGGGGCACCACUGUAUAUCCCAUCUGAUCAGUGUACUUAGCAGGGGUGGUGGUAAAGAAUAUGUAGUGCAUCCUAAAAUAUCACCUUCAAACCAGUAUGAUUUAGAAGUGCUUAAUUUUAUUGGGAUUGUUUCAUUCUCCACUUCUUCCUGGGGUUCAUUUAGUUGGUUCAACAUUUAAUAUUAAAUUGCUACAUCCUCCAAGGGCCCAUGAAGCUCAGAUUUUGGAAAUUAAAACAAAUUUUCAAUUUGCCUGAAGCGAAAACAGAAAAGACUGGGAAAUACACAGGACAGCUGAGUUUGGUGGCACCUUCAAGAGAAGUGGUAUACCCAGUAGGUGGGAAUGUGCAUGGAUUUCUCUUUUCACACUCUUUUUCAUUAAUAUCUCAGUACACCUCGUCAAACCAUAAUGCAGGUGCCCUAAAGUGGGGAUUCUGUAAAACAGGAAUAGACAACAUGGUGCCUUCCAGUUGUUUUCAACUACAACUACCAUAAUCCCUUAUCAUUGGCAAUGCCGCCUGGGGCUGUUGGGAAUUAUAGUCCAAAGUAUCUGGAGGGCAUCAAGUUGGCUGUCCUUGAUUUAAUGUGUGAGUUACAGGGUUUUUAAAGACUUUUUUUUUCAGCCAGUACCUGCUCAGCAGUUAAGGAUAGAUAUAUCUAAGCAUGCAAAUAGGUGUGUAAAAGAAGAGUUGGAAACUAUGACAGCAGCAGACUCCAGUUUGGUGCUAGAUUUUUUCCUACAGCAGUUAUUAAGAGGAAGAGGCACUGAUGGCAGGGAUUUUGCUCAUAUAGAAUCCCCUCACACAUGGCCUGUUAGUUACCCAGAGGUGGGGGCAUGCCUAGUGAUUGGAUAGGUUGGCUCAGAGUGGCUGGGAGCCUGAUCAUCCAUGUACACCUCAGGCCAUUCCUCCACUGCUCUGGAUGGCUGGGUGAGAUAUGCAGGCUCCUCUGGGUGCCAGGAUGGAGAAAUCAGAUUGCUGCAGCCCUGAGGGCCCCCCUCCCCAGGCGGCUGGCAGCGCUAUUAGAAGUGUGAGUAGAGCACCCAGCAGGACUCAGAGGAACAGAACACAGGGAGAGGGCAAGAGUGGAAUGGAGGCAGAAGGAAAAGAGGCAGAAGUCAGGAAAAUGGACUAAUGGAGAUGGUGGGGAGGCAGGGCAGAGCAGACUCAACCCCAAUGUCUGUGGAGGAAGUCACUGGCUGAGUGCAAAAGCCAAUGAAAAGCAACCGUUUUGAGUUUCUGGUCCACGGUCUCUCCCAAUACAGCUCCUUGCCAAAAGCGCAAGGGACAGGGGAGGCAGCAGACUGAUGUGUCUCCUUGCUAAGGACACAAGGGAGCCUAGUUAUGCCUCUGCCCAAAGGUACAGUGGUACCUCUGGUUGUGGACACAAUCCGUUCGGGGGUACCAUUCGCGCCCCGAAAAGUCCGCAACCAGAGCAGCGCUUCUGCGCAUAUGCGAACUGUGCAGAAUGCUUCUGCGUGUGUGGCGAAACUUCCAGGUUUGCUGUGUUCUUAACCUGAAAAAAUGCAACAUGAAGCAUUCACAAGAAGAGGUAUGACUGUAGUUGUUAUCAUCAAUGCCAACAAAGCAGAAUGUAGAAUGACACAUAGAGAGAAUCUCAAUCAGUGCAUAAAGAGAGAUGGCAAUUACAAAAGAAAGAGCUAGCUGCAUUUGCUAUGAAGGCCUGAGAUUUGCGUACUUAAGCCCAAGUUGACCCUACACUUAACAGUUGAUUUAAAUGGGUUUAAGUUUGCAUAUCAGUGCAUAGUGUCAGAUAGGCAAUCAAAUCUGGGGGUUUUCAUUGUUCUUUUCAGGUAUCCCUACGGAUGAAGAGCAAGCUACUGGGCUUGAACUGAAAAGUAUGCAAGCCUUGAAGAGAGGGGAAGUAAGUUUAAAGCAAUUGAAGAGUUUCACUGAAAUAUGAUUUUGUUUGGUUUCACACUCUUGACUAAUAACUAUCACUAUCAGUGGAAGAUUUUAAAAAGAAAUUUAACCUCCAACCCAACACAUCUCCCAUUGCUUUUGUUGACUACACCAUUGGCUGUGGUCUCAUCAUGCACUGUGACUUAGAGGUCUCAAGUCUUUACGGGCCCUGUAGAUUUUUCUCAGCAUCACUUAAUUUACACAUCAAGCUGAAUUUAAAAGCAAUGAAAUUCAUGCGGAUGAACCAAGGUUGGAGUGGAAUACAGCCUUAAACUCUUACUUCAGUCACCCAAGAUUUAUAACUUUUUUGUUCUUCCACUGUAUUCUAGUUCUUUAAAAAUCAACCCUUGGUCAUUCAGUAAAGGAACUAACACAUUUUUUCUUUAUAAAGGAUCCAUACAACGUCUUGAAGCCCAAGAAAUAUCCAGGAACCAGAGAAGAGCCUCAUAUUGUUCCAUCAAUUGGGGACAAGAGACUAGUGGGUUGUAUCUGUAGGUAUCAGAAUUCAUUUGACUUCAGUACAUACUGUCUUCCUGAUUCUCAUAUUGCAUAGUCUUGUAAAACCUAUUAAGCACCAGACAUUUCAGGUGCAAUCCCGUCCCACCAUGGUGAAGCAAUCGUCCUUUGAUUCAAACAGUAGAGCCUUUCCCCUUCAACACAUCCCUCAGUGCAUGCAUGCACUCAAAGUGGGAUAAUUAUAGAGGCAGCAUGCUCAGACUUCCCAUUCCCUUUCCUGGGCUGCCUGUGUGCAUGCACAAGGGGAAGAAUCCACUGAACCCAAGGGGAGCUGAGGAGGGUAAGAGUGGGUGUAAGUAUUCCAUCCAUAUCUUAUAAAUUACCUACAGCAAAAUUUCUGUGGUCAUCGUGUUGAUUUUUAACAGUGGUUUCUCGCUGAGUUGGGUGUGCUUUAAGAAAUUUUAAAAAUACUGUAAAGGCAUACUUAUUGACCCUGUUACAAAUGAAGCGGCAUGUAAAAUAUGCACAGCCUGAGUCUUUGGUAGAAGAUGCAUACUAUAUUAAGAUACAAACGUGGCAUUUUCUAUGAUUCUUGCUUUGAAACACCAAGGAGCUAUUGGCUCUUUCCCAGGUUGUUUUCACUCUCUGGCCUUGUUUUCUUGUCUGACACUAACAGUCAGCAGGGUGACAAGUUAAACAUUUCCUGCCAAUUCUCCCCCACAUUCAUGCAUUUGGGAGUCUCUUUCCCAGAGUCCCUGUGUAGUUAUGUCCUACAAUGAUAACUACACAAAAGAUGCAGCAACAUGCAAAACUACUUCCCACUGAUCUGGUAGGAAAGAUGCCAUAACCAACUUCAAAAAUAGACCAGCUUCAAAGCCUGCUGUUCCACUAUUCUAGGGAACCAAAACUGUUGUCAAAUGUAACUGGUCCUUCUCUAAAGUCCUUCAAGCUUUCUAAAAUGUGGGUUCUUAAUUAACAGAUAAUGGAAUUUUUUCUUUCUUUCUGCAGGUGAGGAAGAUAACUCCACUAUUAUUUGGUUCUGGGUACACAAAGGAGACAGCCACCGUUGCCCUCAGUGUGGGUCUUACUACAAGCUAACUCAUUAUGAACUCCCCCACUGAGAACUGGUACCAAGAAAAGGUGUUUUUUCUUUCUUUCUUUCAUUGUAGACUUAAAUAAAUCUGCCUGCCUUUAGCUGCAUCAACCUUAGUUACCUUAUUGCACCUGCAUCUAAAAGCUGAGACAGAAAUACCAUACAAGAGCUCUGUACAGUAUCCCUUUUUUGGGAUCAAAGCAGCCAAAGUAGGUCUGGUUUGGAUUAUGGCUGCAGCUGUGCUGUUUUUUCUAUUUUUAAAAUCACUCUCACCCUCCUAUAGCUGCUAUUUACCCCAUUAGGGGAAACAUACAAGUGCCUAUAUGCUGGUGGAUGAGGUACAAUUAGGACCUUGAUAGCAAUGCAUGCACCCGCAUUGCUCAUAAUCUCCUACCACCUCAAGUGUAAUAACAGCAUAUGUGUGUGUGUGUGUGUGUGUGUGUGUGCGCGCGCACACACACACACACACACAUGCCUGCCUUCAUUCUUAAAACUCCUGCUGACACACAAAAUAUUCCUUCAAAAAGCUCAUCAUUUUCACAGGAACUACUUCAACAAGUUAUUUGUGAACUACAAAAAUGGAGAUGAUCCAAACUGCAACCAACAGAAUGGUAGAAGAACCUAGCUUCACAUGGCACGCUUGGUCAAAGUAACAGAUGUCUAGGCUGAGCAUUAUUACAAUGUAACACAUGGUUAUGGAACAAACAUCUGCAAGGGAAGUAGUGAUAUGUUGGGAACUUAGUAGGAAGGAAAGACAGCUUACUUAACAAGGUAUAUGCAAGGAAGAACCCAUUCAUUGUAACGAGUAACUUGGGUUACUGCUUUCCCCACUUCCAUUAUAACAGGGGUUGGCAAGGCUUACCGGCCACGGGCCGGAUCACUCCUGUAGAGAUUGCCGUGGGCCAGACCGGCACAGUGUAAUGCUGGAAAUCACAUCUGCGCGUGUCCGUGGCACCAGAAAUCACUUCUGCGCAUGCCCAGACGCCAAAAAUCGCACCUGCGCAGAAGCGCUUUUCAGCGUCUGGGCAUGUGCAGAAGUGAUUUCCAGUAUCUGCACGUGUGCAGACAUGAUUUCCGGCGAUGCUCGGACACUCCCUGCACAGAGCGCAGGGGACUCGCUGAGCGGGUGGCUCGGGGGCCAGUCAAAUGGUCUUCAUGAUCUGCAUCCGGCCCAUGGGCCACACUUGCCAACCCCUGUAUUAUAACAUACAAAGUACUGAACAUAUGCGUAAGCAUGGUCCAUGUGUAUCUGAUCCUUUGCUAAAUCAUGUCCUAUCAUUUCAGCGUAUCAAUAUAAAUUGACAGUAUUGCAUUGACAGUAUCCCUGCUUCACUCUUAUGUGACAUUGCCAGAUGGACUUCAGUCAUGCAGACUACAGAGCCUACAUGGGUCUUGUCAAUUAUGCAGACGCAGUCCAGCCAGAACUAGGAGUUAAGGCUGAACCUCAUAUGAACCUCAAAAUAAUUAUCACAGAGAUGUGUGCUAAGUGACACACUGCUAUGCUAACUCCUGCACAGAAUCAAAUUUGUUGAAAGAAUGAAACACCUACAUGCACACUUGUACAUAAUUCAUUCAAGAAUUUUUUUAUUUGAUGCUUGAAUUGUUUCACUGCAAUUUAUAAAUCUAAAAAAAAAUAAAUAUUUCACAGCUGAAAGUCACAUACUAUCCAUUAACAUGUAAACAUUCAGGAACUUAAGCUAGCCCCCACCCCCUCAAUCCUCAUGUUUAAUUUAAUAUCAUCAAGAGAUGUCUUACUGAAAUCCAAAAAGUCUUUUAAAAAGAGAGCAUUUAACAAUUAUCUGAAAAAGUGUAAACUGAACCAGAACUGCAAAACUGCUCUUUCAACAUUUGUGAAUGGGAACAAAAGGAUAAAAUUCUCAGCUCUACUGAAGGUAAAAGGCAAAAAGUGGAGCUGAAGCCAGGCAUUCCUUGAUUAUUCUAAUUACCAACAGUUGCCAAGGAUUGAAUUCCAAGAUUAAAUAAUGGGUUCCAUUCAUAAUUUUAACAACUGAUAGUUGUUUCAUGCUGCCAUGAGAUUAUCAGACAAAUUAUCUUUCACAUUGUCUUGAUCUCUUUUUUUUAUGUUAACAGGAGCCAUAUUUGUUCCGGUAUGAAAGGGUUGACAUAAAAUUUAUGGCUCCUCAUUAGAUUUUUACAAAAAGACAAGAGAUGCAUAUCUCUUAAUUUAUCAGCUCAAAUGUUAACGCCUUUUGGGUGUGUGUCUCUUUUUAUAAAAUAAGCCCCAAUUCAGUUACAAGCAAUAGAUACUCUACUGCUAUUGGAGCACAGGUAUUUUAUUACAAAAAAAAUAUAUUUACAAAAUGAAAAACCUAAUGUGACUGUUGCAGUGAUGGGGGGGGGGGGAGUAAGCACACCUUUCACACACACAGCAAGUCAUUUUGCAAUAUGUGAAGUACUAAAAUUUAGUUAGUGAAACCAUUGCUUUUAUUCCAAAGUUGAAUUUUUAUUAAGAUGGCAAAAUGUGGCUCCAGCAUUCAUAUCAAGACAGUUUAUUAGUGUAAGGAUUUUUGGCUGCCAUUAGAGGAUCCGAUCACUGAACAUGUUUACAAGCAUUUCUUAUAAUAGCUCCGCUGCCAGGCUUUUCACCUUAUGUGACACUGCAAGAUAGAUGCAAAAUUAGUUCAAUGUUCCCACGUUAAAGAGUUGCUGUGUUCUUAGCUUCUGCAAGUUAUACUAAAUUGAAACCUUCAUUGUGAUCAAUAGCCUGGAUCAGCUUAGAUCUGAGUAUUUCUUUAUCUGUAUAUUUUGGAAGAUCAAGAAGAUUAAAACAUGUAUGAGACACGGGGAGAUACUCAUCACCACCUCCAGUCGGCUGAAUGACAAGACUAAGGCUCUUCAUCCCAAGAAUAGGAAUACGAUCACUGCCUGUCAAAAAUACUACCAAGAAAAUAUAAAUAAGUAAGAAGCCUGGGUACAAAGGCCAAAAACUUAGUGCUGUGCUAUAAUUUUCAUUUUACUUUUUAGACUGAUAUAGCCCAAAUCAAAAAUUCUGAAAAUGUAAGGCAGUUAUAGCCAUAUGAAAUUGUUUCUAGUUCAUUGUUUUUGCUUAAAAUUAUUGUAAACAAAUUUUAUAGUUUAGAGAACUUAUUUAUUAUAUUUGUUCAUUGCUUCACCCAGAGGUUCUUUGGGGGGGGAAAUAUAACUAAAAAGAGAAAAUCCAUAUAACACCGUCGAGUCCAACCCUAAAAAACAAGUGUGGUGUGAAGUGAUUUAAUUAAGUUAACAGUUUCUCUUGGCUAAAUAAAUAAUUAUUUGCUUGGAAACAGGUGUGCAAGGUUUUCAACCUUUAAUGAAUCAUAUCAAAUCAAGCAGAGCAGCUGCAUGGGUGCUUUCAACUGGUAUGAUGUGUUUCACCAGAAACAGCUGCAGUUAAUCUAUUCAUAUAUGUGCCUGUAUGCAUGUUAGGGUGUUCACACAUUCAAAACUCAGGGUGGAAUCCAGACUUAAGUUAAUUUAGGUCCUACUGAAAUCAAUGAAGUGAGCCAAACCAUGAUGCAUGUUGUGCUUCAUUCCCAUUGAAACCAGCCAAAAAAAGUCUGGAUCCAACAGAUAGUAUUUGAAACAUAAGUGAAUAAGCAACUUGCAGACCUGAUCCUAGUAGUUGUUGUUUAUUUCUGUUUAAAAUAUUCAUUUUUUUAAAAAAGUGAAAAUGCAAAUUCUCCCUUGGACAGAAUCCAAAGUCAACUUAGCAUUUUAACCAUUCAAAAAACCAAACCCAACACUAACACUUGGGCUUAGCAUGACAUGUAAACCAGGUCUACACUGGUUUAGCAUUACAGUUCCAAGUUUGAAUGUAGGUUGUUUAAAACCAUAGGUAGAUACUUCCAAUAGCCGGCUAUGCUGAAGCCCGAGGCUCACUGCUGCUUAGCAUAUAGUGCUAAAUUAUGACUUAGUGUUACAUGAAAAAUAAGCCAGUGGUAACAAUUGCCCUAGAGUUCCUAUUUAGAUUUCUUAUUUUCUUACACAGUUUUGUAUACUUACAUAAAAACUGUUUCUUCUUCUCCAGUGGUAACUCAUGAAAAACUUCCCAGAACAUUUUAAUUGUUGGAUUCUCUGCCCAAUAUUCUCCUUUAUAUUGAGUAUUCUAAGAACAACAAAUCAAAAUCACAAUAUAUCCCCCUCAAAUUUACAAAUAAAAUGCUGUAUAUUGAACAAACAAAAAUACCUAUGCGUAAACGUAUUUAUAGAAUUUUAUGUAUUUUAGUGUUUUUCUACAUAAUACAGAAAAGCUCUAUUUUGGACAAUCGCUUAAUUAUACAGGAUUCUUUAGUGUUCAGUUGUUGCUAAUGUCUGGACUAGUAACAUACCUUCUCUAGUUCUUUCCAAUCAUAGUUUGUAUUCCCAAUCACCAUUGCUUGCAGUUCAUUGGGCUGGAAGAGCUGCAGAACUUUACCUCCACACACCUUGUGAAAGCCUGCAUGGAAUGCGUCAUAGAGAGGAGCCACAGAUUUAUUGAAGAUGUAGUCCACGUAGGCAUUCACAAACUCUUGCCUAAAGAUCAAAUGAGAAGAAAAGGCACCAUGUUUUCAGAAGAUGAGAAUGUUCAACCACAAUUCCACUAGCAAUGAACAGCAACCAUUUUAACACUGUCAACAAUUAUCUUCAGAUCUCCUAGUUAAGAACUAUAACAUGAAUGUCACACUGAAUCUAGCAUACAAGGCAAAGAGGGGAGGCAUGAGAAAGGAACAGGCAAGUUUGACACUAAUUUCUGACUUCUUAAGCUAUGGUUUAUGAAGCCAGGAAAGAUAAUUCAAAUGCUGCCAAUGUCUUGGUGGCUGCAGUAGGGAACCACCAAGAAGAGCAGCGGAAGGAGGGCAAAACUCAUUUCUUAAAAUAUUUUGCCUGUUUAUCACCACCACCACAACAAAGAAAGAAAGAGAAAGAGAAAGAAAUUUCUUUUGCAAGAUUACAGGUUUGGAAUAAAUAUCUCAGAAGUUGGGUGUAACUCCCCACCACACCCACACCCCUUAUAGUUCAAUUCUGAGUUAAGAACCUGCAUGAAAUGAAAAAAAGUAUUUCUCCCUGAUAAAAUUAAGCAAAGGCAAACUAUUCUGUCAACCUACCAUGCUGAAACUUACCUAUUUUGUUUGACAACAGGAAUAUCAGUACCAUUAGGAAUUAGCUCCUUAACUUCUGUGGUACCAAAAUUUUCAACAGUGAUCUAUUUAGAACAUGAGAGUGUAUUUUACUUUUUGUUGCAGAAUAGAAUCUAUAAUUCAAUACAGGAAAGCGAAGCAUGCUAUACAAAGUCUAGCAUUUUAACAGGAAAAGAGAGACUUGAUUACAUAUUAUUACUCAAUACACUGGCAUUAAAAAGGUGGCAAUGGAUGAUCUCACACUUACUGUAAAGUUGAGGCAGAAGGUAUCCUCUAUAUCAUCUUCUGGGUAGUCCAAUAAUUGCUGCAUACUCCUGAGAAUAAAAUGUCUCUCAUCGCAAGUUGUAACAGCACAAUUUAUUCAGAAACUUACAGAACUGAAAUGGUUUUAUAGUCUUCCACAGAAAUUUACAGUUUAGAUUAGCAAAAAUCUAGCAGCUAUGAGAAGUCAAUAUCUGUUCAAGUUUUUUUUGCCCUGGAAGGAUUUCAAUCCUAAAAAACCUACAUUUGUUUCAAGUGUGUCAACUAGAAAUAAAGACACUCUAAAUCUUGUAUCUCAUCUCCUUAACAAGGUAUUGAAUUAUUUCUUUGCACUGUGAAAGAAGUUAUGAUGCACAGAAAUGUUAAUCUACUUACUGUACUUUCAGUUGUAAUGUGCUCACCUGCCAACAUCAGGCAUUAGCUCUUUGAGGUCAUCCAGGGAAGGUUUCUUGUUCAGGAGCUUCUUAUAUAAAGCCAAGGGGAAGUGAAGCUCUACAAUAGUAAAAUUAUAUAUUGCUAGCCCACAGACAACACCAAUCAGAUGAAACAAGUCACUGUCUUCAAAGGUCUGUAAAUAUGAAAAAAACUGAAAUUAAACUUUUAAAAGCUUACAAAAACAUGCACAUUGCUUUAGAGGCCAUGCUUGCAUUCAACUGCUGCUAGACUUCAAGUGGAAUCACAACAAUUUUGCAAGCUAGUACACUGUUAUUAUUCAUGUAUAUAUUUGAGGUUGGGAUCUAUAGGGUUAAAAACUCAUCAAGCCAUUUUUUCAAGGGUUACAGAAAAGGGUGUUUAAUUGCUUUGUAUUUGGUUUUGCAAUCCCCUCUAGUGUAGCGAGGCAACAACUCAAGUGGCAAGCAACCAGAGUUUUGAGGGUUGGCAUUCUAGAGAGAGAUGUCCUAAUGAUGGUUAUCUAUGAUCUGGUGACAUCCUGUAUUAAUGCACUGUCCUUGGUGCUGCCUUUGAAGCAACUAGGAAACUUCAGCUAGUACGAAAUACAAUGCCUAGGUUACUAACAGAGACCAAUUGAAUGCAAUAUAUCUCACUCAACAGAAAACUGCACUAGCUGCAUCUCUGGCACAGUUUAAGGUGCUGAUUCUUGCCUUUAGAACUUUAAUCAGCUUAGGAGGACUGCUUUGUUCUGCAAGAAGCUACAGCUCAAGUUCUAAGAUCAUCCUUGAAGUCCUUUCUCUGAGACACCUUGGUGAAGCCAAUUACGACAAAGGAAAAGGGUCUUUUCUGUUGUGGCACAUCUGGUGUAGAAUAUUUUCGUGGGAACGCUUUUUAUCAUACUACAUUUGGAUUUUUUAUUACACUACAUGUGUUAAAAAUGCUAGGGUGUCUGUUUUGUCACCAACAAGAGUUUUGUGAAUGGCCACUGUUAAAAACGUAAUUGUGACUGA